UCCCAUAUUACUUUCUUUGGCAACAUUAACAUUUUGAAAAACGCCAUUUUUUGCUUGUUUGAGAACGUGAUAACUGAACAAUUUGCACACGAUUUCAAAAAUAGUACUAUUUAUUGAAUUCUUAAUAGUGAAAUUAUUUUUCCACUUUUAUUUUAUAAUCAUUUAUUGUAUCCAAUAUCAUUGAUUUAAAACAAUUGUAAAUUAGGCGAUAAUUUUCAAGUUUUAUUGUUUCAGUAAUCACAAUGAGUGACUCACCAGAUCAAAAUGACCCACCAAAAGAUCCCAAAGAGUUGGAGAAACUAGAGGAGGCUAAACUAAAGGCCAAAUUUCCAAAUGCUAUGAGAGGCCCCGGGGGACACUCUGCCUUUCUACAGAAAAGACUAGCUAAAGGGCAAAAGUUCUUUGAUUCCGGUGAUUAUCAAAUGGCGAAACAGAGGCCGAGCAACCUGGCGGCGCCGUUCAAAACGCCAGCCGUUCCCGCGAAGCUGCCCACCGGAGAUGCCAUACCUACACCUGAGACUGUCCCCGUACGCAAAACCUCCAUCAUCCAGCCCAAGUUCCAGCCGCCCAGCCACAACUCCUAGCCCUGCCCGUCGUACAUGGGCAUCAAGCCGUGUCAUUAACCUAUUUAAUAAUGCAAUACACAAAGCAUUGCUUUCGAUUCUGUCAAUGUCUGCACCUUUUUAAACCUUUGUGUUAGUUUAGGUUCUUCUAUCAUCACAUUAUCUUUACUUGAUAGCACCAAACAUGUUGUUUUAUAUCAAAUAUGUGAUCGUUUUGUUCUCAAUUAGCAUUCUAUGUUGAAAUUUUAACAAAACUUUUAUAAGAACAACUGUUAUAUUAAUGUAUAAAAAUUAGGUAUAGUUGAAUGUGUCAGGGAUGUGUGUGUAUCGUGUUGUUCUCAUAAUGUUGCAUUUGAUUCAUGUCAAACCUUAGUGGUGUUGUUGAUUUGCAUCAAUGUUAAAUUCUAAUUAAAAUUGUAACAUUACUGGAGAUUAUAUCCUAUCUUCAAAUAGAUGGCCAAAUUCUUUACUACACAAAAAUAAUGAAUUCUGUAACUGAGAUUUAUUGAUUAAUUGGUAUUAAUUAUAAGUACAAAAGUUAAAUUUAGUGUAUGGAAAAUGUCUUAAUCAAAUUGUCUACUUACUGACACAAUUUCUUUUUAAAAAUAACGAGAGCUCACUUUUUACUUUACAUAAAUUACACUUAUAAUAACUACCUAAAUUAUUAUAUAUAUAAUAUCCAUUAUUCAUAUAUUUACUUUUCUAUAUUUACUCAUAUCUGUUACUCUUUAUAUUCAGUCAAGAGCUAGUGAUCAGUAUAACUAUGCUAUUACAUUUUAGUAUUUAUGUUUGAUCAUGGGCUGUCAAAAGUUAAAACUUGCAUUCUUUAUUGAUCUCUUUGAAAUGACAAGAUUGUGUAUACAUUGGAUACGACAAAUAUAUGAUUGAAAGGCAAUUGAAAAUUGAUCCCUGUAUAUAAAGGCCAUAAUUAGUAUUGAUAGUGAUAUCUCGUCUACAGAUCUGCGCUGUGGACUUUAGCAUACAUAUAAUGAUUUAGUUUUAGCUAUGCGACGAUUAUUAUAUAGAACGAAUUUAUUUUUAUAAAAGUGUAAUGUGCUGUAAAAGAAAUAGUAAUAGCAUAUGUUCGUUUUGUCAGCUUAGCCCAAUUCGUAUCAGUUCUGUAAAUUGUUUUCGCAUCAUAUCCGCGAGUACUUUCGCAUACCAGUUGCACUUGUUUGCUGGAGAUAUUCCGAGAAGCGCAAUGACGCUUUAAAACCAUGUUGCGUGUGAUGUUCGCACAGGUGUGAUAUGUGUGGUACAUAUGGAAGAUUAAAGGGAUGUUGAAGUUAGCUAUUAAAAAAUAAAAUAAAUUCUUGGUAAAAAAA